AAGAAAGGGGAGAGAGCCAGCGCUGGAGCAGCAGCGACUCACAAGACACAACACAUGCUCAAGAUAAGAAGGAGAAGAAGCAGCAGCAGCAGCAGCCUCCUCUCCUCCCACACGACUCUUCUUCCCUUUACACAAUCAUCAAAUUCACUCUCCAAUUUUGGUGGCCCUCAGUCUUAUUAACCGCUGAUUAUUCUUCCUCAUGAAAGAUGAGGUGAAUCUUGUGGUUGUGGAUGAUUCGGUGGUGUCACAGACUCAAAGCGUCGAAUGGACAGAAGCAGAGAAGCUAGGAGAAACACUAUGGCUGCCAAUGGUUUGUCCAGAAGGAGACACAGGACUCACACUUUCAGAGACUCCCCUGAGGAAGAUGGACUUGUGGAGCUCCAGGACCCAACCAGGCUCAGAGAUCGAGGGACUGCGAAAAAGGAUCGAGAUCGCGAGAGGGACAGAGAUAGAGACAGAGAGCGCGAGAGGGAUCGAUCGAGUCGCACCAAGAGGAGGAGAGGGGAUAGGUUGAUGCACGGCAACAAUAGAGAAGAUGGUGGAGAAGAUAGCUCGGAGGAGAGUGUCAACGAUGAUGAAGAAGACGAGGAUGAUGAUGUUGGCGGUGGUUCAGUAAGAAUGCUUCCGCUCAACCCAUCAUCGUUAUCGUCCUCCUUAUCGAACCAUCGGAAGAGCUUUCCCGCGGCGAAAGAUUUUAGAGCAGCGUCGACUUGGAAGGCCGCCGAUGAGAUGAUUGGGGUCUUGGUUCCUAGGAAGGCACGGUCAGCGUCUACGAAGAGAUUGCAUGAAUGUUGGGCUUCAAAUGGUGGAAUAGUGGGGGAGCAAUUCCACAGGCAAGCGUCAACUUCUCCUGUGAGAACAAGCGUAACAGCGACGGGGAUGGGACCUUCUCCAUCUCCGGCGUCGCCGUCUUCGUCUAACGCUUCGGUUCGCAAGAAGAUAAAGCCCAGUGGACCCAAGCCUCGACCCCCAAAAUCGUCAUCCAAAUCUUCUUCAGCUCAGGAUGAGAUCGAGAUAGAGAUCGCCGAAGUCUUGUACGGUAUGAUGAGACAGCCUCAAGGGAUUUCUAAGCAAGAACCGUUGGCGAAUGAUUUAUUGAAGUUUGACUCCAGGGACCCUGGCAAAUCUUCCGGUGAUGGCAAGUCCAGGGUAUCUUCACCGAUCUCGAAUUCACAAUCUGCACCGCCUGUGUCAUCAGCAGUUCCGCCCCAAGGUUCGAAUACUACUACAACUCCCUUAUCUGCUGUUGCACCCAAGAGGAAAAGACCUCGUCCCCCGAAGGAUGAGGGUGAAAAUCCAACGAAUUUUGCCGUUCGGAAUGGCUCCAUUGCAUCAACCUCAAAGGCCGAAAGUGAUCAGGCUUCUAAAGUCGAAACUUGUUCGCCAAAUUUUGAUAAAACCGCUGGAUCUGCAUCCGAAAAUGGCGGUUUGUCAUGCAGUUUACCCAGUUCCCAAGUCGUUCCGCCGCAACCUGAGGCUCAGCCGGAGUCGAUUAAGUUGGAAAGGAACAUGUCUUCGGAUUCUAAGACUGCGACGGAAGACUCAGAAAGGCCAGAUGUGGGAAUGAGGAAGGAGCCUCAGUCUCCGAAGAAGGAAUCCGUUGUGCCGAAAUUAGAUGACGACUCUGAGGAUGUGAAAGCGUCUAAAUCGACCCAAAUCAUUUCCGAGUGUGUGAGCCAGCGGGAAGAGAAGAUCCAGAUAGAUCUGAUGGCGCCACCUCCUCCAUCAAGACAUUCUCCAGAAAGAGAGGUGGAAAUUAAUUUUGCAGCUGGGGGUCCGCAGCAUUUGGCGGCAGAAUCUGGAAUGCAGGAGACGAAGCCAAUGGUAAAAGAAGAUGAGAAGUCACAGAAGAUGAACAAGGAUGAGGCGGUGGCUGUCGGAGCUGAUAAGAAGAGAGCAGCGGUGGACGAUGCCAAUACCCUAAAACCAGACAACAUUCAAAAAGAAAUGAGUAGCGAUCUACGGGUGAAUUUAGAGGGCACUAAUAAAGAUAAUGGCGGUGGCAACAUGGUUGGGAAGAGGCAUCAACAGAACGCCCAGAGGCAGCCGCAACAAUCGAACUCAGAGAAAGCCGUUCAAUGCAGCUCUGUGCCUCUGCCGAUCUCUGUUCCCGGCUGGUCCGGCGGGCUUCCUCCUAUGGGAUACAUGACGCCUCUACAAGGAGUUGUAUCCAUGGACGGCACCGCCGUAUCUUCUCCAGCAAUACCACCACCUCAUCUACUUUUCAAUCAGCCUCGGCCCAAAAGAUGUUUUACCCAUUGCUACAUUGCUCGCGCUAUAUCAUAUCACCAACAGGUUGUAAGGAUGAGUCCGUUCUGGCCUGCGGCAGCAGGUUCUGCAUCAUUAUACGGUGCUAAGGCCUGCAAUCUGGGUAUGGUACCUUCUACCGAAUCACAAGGUAAUAUUGUCAGCAGGACUGCAAACUCUGCUCAAGACAAAGGGCAUAGUCUUGCCAUAUUUCCAGGUCAUCUUGGGAAGGAAAAAGGCUCCCAGGCUGCCAACAUUGAGAAUGCACAGAGAAAGCAAAUAUUGCUUCAGCAAGCUCUGCCCCCAGGAGCACCUAGUAAUAUAUUGCAUGGUCCUGCUUUCAUCUUCCCACUGAACCAACAGCAGGCAGCUGCUGCUGCGUCCGUUCGACCUGGAUCUGUGAAGUCUCUGCCUUCUACAGGCACUGGGAUAUCAUCAUCUAGUACAUCUGGUGCAGUCUCGACAAGUGCUUCUGCUACGGGGCCUGCAUCUGCACCAACAAUGAACUUCAGCUACCCUAAUAUGCCUGGCAACGAAACUCAAUACCUGGCAAUUUUGCAGAAUAAUCCAUACCCGUUCCCCAUUCCAGCACAUGUUGGCGGCCCACCUGCAUACCGAGGAACCCAUGCCCAAGCUCUGCCAUUCUUCAAUGGUUCUUUCUAUCCUCCUCAAUUGCUCCACCCUUCACAGCUUCAGCAGCAGCAACUUCCUGCUCAAUCUCAACAGAAUCAACAUGGUCUUCAGAGCACAAAUAUGUCUAGUGGUUCAUCACAUUCACAAAAGCAUUUGCAGAAUCAGCAACAAAAGCCUAAUGCUGCUGGCACGAGUGGUGCUGGAAGCUUGCAAGGUUUUCCUGCCUCAUCCAAAACCCAGCCAGCACAGUCACAGCAGCACCAGCAACAGAGGCAGCAUCUGCCCAAUCAUCAUGCUUCUCAUCCUGAGAUGGGUGGUGAAGAUAGCCCAUCUACUGCAGAUAGUAGGCUCUCUCGUGCUCCUAUGAAUAUGUAUGGCCACAACUUUGCAAUGCCAAUGCACCCCCCAAAUUUUGCUGUGAUGACACCUGCGUCAAUUGGUAGUGCAGGUGCUGCUACCAGUGCUAAUGGCAGUCACAAUGAAAAGAAGCAACAGCAGCAUACUGGUACAAAAGCUGGAGUGGAAGCUUCUCAGGCAUUUGCCAUAUCAUUUGCGUCCAUUAAUGGCGCUAGUACUGCCACUGGCCUUGACCUCUCAUCUAUUGCCCAGAACCAUCAAAUUAUGCAGGGCCAAAACUUUCAAAUAAUGGCAGCUCAAGCUGCUCAGCAGAAGAAAAACUAUCGUGUCUCGGAAGCGGGGAAAACUGGAGGUGAUUCUUGUAACCCAGAUGAAGACAGGAAAGCAAUGGCAGGAAAAGCUCCUGCAACCGGAGGACAGUCCAUUGUUUUCUCUAGGUCAGAGGUGUCAGAUCCCUCAAUAUCUGCAAUUACAGGGAACACCGUCAUUGAUAGCUCAGCCCGAACUCUCAACCUUGGUUCUGGUACAUCCCGGGCUUUGGCUUCUGGCAUGCCUGCUACAUUCAAUAACAGCACUGUCAGUUCUCAGCAGCAGAUGCAGCGAAACCAGCAACAGCAGCAAACAAUUCAGAUUCAAAAGCAUCAAUUAGCAACAGCUGCUCCGCGAAGCAAGACACCAUCCUCAAGUAAUGGAAAUGUCUACUCAGAUCACCUUCCUUCUGCUUCUUCGGUGGCCAACAACUUUACCAGUGCUGUAUCUGCAUAUCCUCAAAACCUUGCACAAAGCAGCAGUGCUGCAGCUCAGUCACCUCAAUGGAAGAAUUCUGUGAGGCCAAUUACUUCUCAGCCUCCUCCGUCAAUGUCGACACCUUCAUCAGCUAAAACUGUUCCUCAGCAGCAGGCUCGUUCUCAGCAAGGUCACACACAAAUAUCUUUUGCGACCAAUCUUAAAUCCUCUACUGCAACCCAAGGGCAACCUCCAGGCUCCACCCAUUCUCCAUCUCCAAUUAUGGGUGGCUCACCAACAACGUCCUCAAUUUCCAAAAGCGGGGGUAGCCCACGUACAAUGUCUACGUCAACUGGCAGUAAGGUUGGCCAGGCUUCUUUAUCAACUCAGCAACCUAAGAGUUCACAAGCAAUGCCGAGUCAGAAGUCUUCACCUGUUGGUGGGAGGAAUGCACCGUCAAUCCUUAGUGGCUCGCAGCUGAUUCCAUCUUCUGGCACUGGGGCGAAACCCCAAUUGCCACAACAGCAGCCGCAGCUAUCUAAGCAAACAUUACAGCAGGCGCAGCUAUACUUCUCAAGUGCUUAUAUGAAUCCCCAAGCAACACAAUCAGGUAGUUCCCCCUCUACAACUUCGGCUACAAGUGGGUACUACCUUCAAAGACGUGCCCCUGAUUCUCAUAUGCAGCCGCAAAGCUCGUCAGGCACUUCCUCUAAUGGCAUGCUGUCCUUCUGUACUCCAGUUACGAUUGUUAAUACCAGCUCUACUGAUUCUUCUAAGAUCGCUGUUGCAGCAAGCAAUUUGAAAGGUGCUGGUUUAUCAACGCAAGGUUUCAUGCAUCCUGCACACUUUGCUGCAGCGCAACAAUCUGGAAGCCACCAUCAGUUUGUUGCGGGCUUCCCUUAUGCUGUGUCUGCUGCAGUUCAAGUGAAGCCAGCGGAGCAGAAACAACCUGCAGGUGAGUAAAAUGAUGUCGUUGGUGGUUUACUUCACUGUGCAUAUGGGAAACAAAGCGGAAAUGCAAUCUGAGUAAAAGUGGUUAUAACUUGGAUUAAUUUUUUUGGAGUGGAAGACGGUGUCUUUCUCAUGUGGUCAUGCCAUUUUGCAAUGUGCGCGUUCGAAGGAGAUGGAAGGUGCAAAUAUGAGCAUACCACGGCCUCGAGAUAUGAAUCAAAUGGGAAGAGACUUUUUCAUUAUUUUGGACGGAAAGUCUGACGAACUAUAUGGAAUGUGCGUGAAGUGAAGUGUGUGUAGCAAUCUCUGUACACUUGUGUUUAUAAUCUGACAAGGUUGAUCUUGAAGUCUAAUCAAAAUUCUUUUUGUUCUUUGGAGAAGUGGGGUUGAUGUGGGGAGAAACUGCUUUUGGACCAGUACUUGUUGGCAGGAUUAGUAUGAAAGGAUGAAAGUUGAAACAAGGUGGAGGAAAGGAGGGCAAGAGCCACCUUUCCGUUGGGUUUGUAAUGGAAGCCUUCCUACAUUUUCUUUCUCCUCCCGGUUGUUCUCCUUUCAUCUUGAUGUUGUUAUUGUUGUUGCUUUCUAGACUAGAAAGAGGAGCAGGAAACAUCUUUUGACAUAUCUAUAUGGAAGAGCAUGAGAUAUGUAUCAUUGUAGCAGAAUAUAAUAGAGGUAGCCACAAAAUUUGCUACUUGCUAGUCCCUCUUUUGAGCUGUUGUGAUUCCUGUGCAAUGCAAUUUCUUUUCACCUGGGUCAGCAAUAGCCCAGAUCGAAUGCUAAUCGCCGUGUAUUAAUAGUAUUUUUUUUUCCCCA